AUGAGAGGUCAAUUACAGUGGUCUCGAGCACAGGCAGUGCGGAGGACUGGUCAAUUCCACGCGCGACCAGCCCUACGACAGUUCCAACAAAUACGCCAUGCGUCGAGCGAGCUCAAGCAAGAGGUUGCUCGCAACGAGAAGAUUGGAGAUGCCCGCUCAGGUCUCAGCCGUGCCAAANAUCUCCUUCUCGGAACCGCCAUCACUGCUGUCCUCGGCUUUGGAUACCUCUAUGUCACCGACACGCGCGCGACCUUCCAUCAAUGGCUCGUACCGCGAGUCUUGCGCACCCUGUUCCCCGACGCCGAGGACGCCCACAAGAUCAGCAACAAGACACUCAAGGCCCUAUAUUCUGUCGGUUUACAUCCCCGUGAAAGAGGCAACCCAGAUAUCAAUGGAGACUUGAAGGUUGAGGUGUUUGGACAUGUCCUGGACAACCCCAUCGGAACAUCUGCUGGUCUGGACAAGAAUGCCGAUAUCCCCGAUGUCGUUCUAGGCUUCGGUGCUGGUAUCGUCGAGGUUGGCGGUAUCACUCCUCGACCACAGGAGGGUAACCCUAAGCCUCGUGUCUGGCGCAUUCCUUCGCAGAAUGCCCUCAUCAACCGCUACGGUCUCAACUCCGAAGGUGCUGAUAGUGUUGCUACCCGCCUUCGUCAGCGAUUGCGCGAGUUUGCAUAUGCUCUUGGUCUGGGUCUUGACCCUGUGGCAGAGCAGUCUGUUUUGGACGGUCACGCUGGCGUGCCACCUGGCAGUCAGAUGCCUGGCCGUCUGCUCGCUGUUCAAGUUGCAAAGAUGAAGGAGACUCCUGACAACGAUCUCGAUGCUAUUGCUCAAGAUUAUGUCUAUUGUGUCAACCAGCUUGCCAAGUAUGCUGAUAUCCUCGUCGUCAACGUCUCAUCACCAAACACUCCUGGUCUUCGCAACUUGCAGCAAGCUGCUCCUUUGACCAAGAUUCUGACUGCUGUCGUUGAUGCUGCUCAAGCUGCUGAUCGCAAGACUAAGCCUGCUGUUAUGGUCAAGGUUUCGCCCGAUGAGGACAGCGAAGAACAAGUCAGCGGUAUCUGCGGUGCUGUCUGGGCCAGUGGUGUUGAUGGUAUCAUCGUUGGCAACACUACCAAGAAGCGUCCUGAUGCUCUACCUGCUGGUUACCUACUCCCACAAAACGAGCAGAGCAUCAUGCUCGAAACUGGUGGUUACUCUGGUCCUCAACUCUUCGAGCGCACAGUCUCGCUGGUCAAGAAAUACAGAGCAACCCUUGACAAGGGACCCAACGAGGCCAAACCCGAACCCAAAAAGAUCGAAGAGGCACCAAAGCAACCACAAAAGUCCGAGUUCCAGCUUGAGACCGAAGCCAUGAAGGAGAAGAUCAGACAUCAGAUACAGCAAAAAUCCUCGACUGCCCAAAGUGCCGCCCCCAACAGUCUUGACGCUGACACCCAAGCCUCGAUCGAAUCAAGCGUAGAGCGCGAUCUCAAGAACCUGAAACCCAAGACCGAAACCGCCGACAAGAACAGCCGCGAUCAAUCCAUUAUCCAGAUUCCUGAACGCCGAAUCCCGGCUUCUCGGUCCUGCGUCCUCAGCAGUCUCAGCACCUGCCAAAAGACUUCGCUCUCCACACCAGCCGAACUCAACACCAAUAAGGAAAAAGUCAUUUUCGCAACUGGAGGAAUCACAAACGGCAAACAAGCUUUGGAGGUGUUGAAUGCAGGUGCUAGUGUUGCUAUGGUGUAUACGGCGAUGGUUUACGGAGGUGCAGGUACGAUUACUAGGAUUAAGCAGGAGAUGAGAGAGGAGAUUCACGGAUUGCAGCCGCAAUUGCCUUCUUCUGCUCCGAGGAAGGAGAGGUAG